AUGUGGAUUCUAAAUACAUUACCAGAACAACUUCCUGCAAUUGAUUCUGAAAUAUCAGUUCCCGAACUUGAGAUUUCACGUUUACAGUGCAAUUCGUUAAGCGAAUCUCAGUCAUACACUCAGAUAAUCGAUUGCAAUACGCAAUAUAUCAAUCAAUUACUGCAUUAUUCAAGUGAACAUACGAACCCUGUUAUUUCUGAGCAAAUAUGCAUAGCUUCAAUCAAUGCUGCGUAUGGAUAUGAGCAAUUGGCUCAACAGAUUAGGGAAUCUGCGUAUUCGGAUGAUAGUAAUCCAGUCGAUUCACAGCAAUGGCAGUCCUCAACUAACUAUAAUAAGAGAGCAAUUGGUCUCUUACAGUUCGCAUCCUCUGUUCCUAUGAUAUCCAUCAAGCUGUUGACGAUGUGUAACCAGUAUGCGUCGCUCUACCGUUUAAAUCAACAGUUAUCGAUGGUUCUUUUGACCAUAUCUAAGAUGAGAACACGUCUAUAUCCUGCUGGUAAGGAUAAAUACUCAACGCUACUUAGUUUCCAGGAUUCGGACUUGCAAUCACUUUCUGCGGUAUCGAUGCCUUAUGCAAAAUUGGCGAUCGGUUGCUCAGGCGUGUGCGACUCUAUUCAGCACUCGAUUGAAUCAGUACACCUAAAGACUCAAGUUCUAGCAAUGAAACGUUUUUUGGAUUGUCUCUCACUUGCACUUUUAUCUAUAUUCAAAUAUGAUAAAGAAAAUGAUACGGAUGCGGCAUUGGAUAUGAUAAACACUGCAAUAGCGAAUAUACGUCCGCUUUUAUCUAAGGACCAGGUCAAUCUUUUGCAAAACAACAAAUCACUGGAGAAAAUAUUAGUUAAGACUAAGUUUUGGAAAGAAUCUAUAAAGGAUAAGUUAAAAAAUAAGAAGUGGGUGCACAGCAAAAAGAGGGACAAGGACUCUAAUUCUUCAUAUUUACAUCCUUUCAUACUUGAAGUUAUUGCUGACUUUUUACUUCCAUUGAUCAUGGUAUUGAAAGUACGAUACGACACCACCAAUGAAUUUAUAUUUGAUAACGUCGGUAGCAAUUCAAGCCAUAACUGGGUCUUGCCACAGGGGAAGGCUCCUGAAGUAAAAGGCGUGCGAUUCUUCUUUGACGGAUCGACCCUAACUGUAGAUCAACAAGCAGAAUCAGAAAAUUUGCGAUAA